AUGGCAUCAAUAGUGAGCCAAAGUCUAUUCAAACAACGGCGCCGUACGGGUCUGUCGAUAUGCGAGAUUUGUCGGAGUUUCUCUAGCGGUCCCGCACGAUUUGCUGGACAUAAUCGUUGGUCCUCGAUCCGGCACGACAAAGCGAAGAACGACAAGGCCAAAAGUAGGGAGCGUCAGAUAAUCGGAAAGGAGAUCAGCAGUGCGACGCAAAUGUGGGGAGCGGAUCCAAAGUUCAAUCCUCGCCUUACUCUCGCGCUCUCGAACGCAAAACGGGCCGGUAUCCCAAAGACAGUGAUCGAAGCAGCCAUCGCAAGAGGUCAGGGCAUAAGCGUUACUGGCGAGGCUCUCGAGUCAGUCACGAUCGAAGCUAUCUUGCCCCAUUCCGUGGCCGCGGUUAUUGAGUGUCAAACCGACCAGAAAGCUCGUGUAUUGCAGGACCUUCGAUUUGCGAUCAAGGAUGCCGGGGGGACUGUCACUCCGACAACCUACCUUUUUGAGAAGAAGGGCAGGAUAGCGUUUGAAAAAAAGGAGGGCGUGAACGCGGACGACUAUCUAGAUCAGGUCAUCGAGGCGGGGGCGACUGAUAUCACUACAGAUGAAGAAGGGCGGCUGCUCGUUUUCACGGAACCGACAGAAACGAAGAAUGUGGGCGAGACGCUCACUAAAGUGACAGGGCUUACAAUCGAAGAGCUUGAUAUCAUCUGGGAUCCCAACAAGGACACGAUGGUCGAGAUCAAGGAUGAAGAACAUUUGAAGGAGAUAGACGAGCUUCUCAGCACUAUCCGGGAAGAGGCUAGUGUUCAAGAUGUCUACUUGAACACAACCACACAGUUUUGA